AUGAAUAAUACCAUUGAUUUUGCCUUACCUACUCAAAUUAUUAUUACAACUGAAGGAAUAUUUGGCACAAUAUUCAAUAUUGUGGCCAUCACUGUUGUGUUCACUUCACAUUUCGGUUCAAAAUUUACUGCAUUUGUAUUUAGAGCACAACCAAUAUUUGAUUUAAGUGCAUGUUUCACAACAACAAUCUAUCAUAUCAUUCAAUUUACUAAAGGUUAUGACAAACCUACAGGAUUAUAUAUUAUUGAUAUAAUUUUAUGCCGUUUUUGGUUUCAGAAUUCACUGUUCUGGUUGCCAUGUAUUUUAAGUGUGCAAAAUCUAGUUUGUAUAUCAUUGGACCGAGUGAGUUCUGUCAUAUUUCUUAGAUCACCUAGAUCAUAUACGAAAAAAUUCUUUAUAAUAUACUUUGUAUAUAUGCUUUCUAUGGUUUUGAUUUUAUACAUCCCUACACCAAUUCUUCGUCGAUUUACUGAUAAUCAAUGUGUAAUGGAUUUUACUGUUCCAUGGAUGGAUACAAAUACAUUUGUUGAGUAUUUUGUAUAUUCCUGGGUUAUAUUUGCCUAUUGUAUACCCGUUCUAGUCAUGCUCGUCAGUCAUGCUUGGGUAAUACAUACUUUAAGAGAACAUAACUCAUCUCGUCAUUUUUUAUCACGUGAUGUGCAGUCUAAUUUAACCAUUAAACGUAGAAUAAGUCAACUUGUAAUCACAACGUCAAUUUUGUCUAUUCAGCAAACUGUUUUACACUUUUUUGAAUGUAUAAGUCAAAUAUUGGAAGUAACCGGAAUUUUUCGAUAUAGCUUUGACAGUCCGAUUGAACAAAUGAGUACAUUACUUAUAUUACUGGGAAAUAUGUCAAAUCCAUGUAUUCUUGUUUUUAGUACAGUUGUAUUAAGAAGACGUUUGUCAUCAUUACUCAAAAGCCUAACAGAAAAAAUAGCCAAUAUUACAAAAACCAAGCUACAAUUAAAUUGA